AUGAUUCACUUUCUUCUCUUGGUUUCGCGACAGGGGAAGGUCCGGCUGUCCAGGUGGUACCUCCCGCCGGCAUGUCCUGCGCAGAGUGUAUGCGGAUCCGCCGAGGGCUCCCCGGCGACGAGCGCCUUCUCUGCGGGCGUUUCCAUGAAAGAGAGAAGCGAACUUCUCCGGGAGGCAGCCUCCAGAGUUCUCCAAAGAAGUGCAAAGCAAUGCAACGUCGUCGAGUGGAGAGACGACACCAAACUCGUAUUCAAGCGAUACGCGAGUCUCUUCUUCAUCGCGUGCGUCGACAGCAAUGAGAACGCGCUGCUGACUUUGGAGGUGAUUCACCACUUUGUUGAAAUCCUGGAUCGCUACUUCGGCAACGUCUGUGAACUCGAUCUCAUCUUCAACUUCCACAAGGCAUACUAUCUUUUGGACGAGAUCAUUUGCGGCGGCGAAUUGCAAGAAACCAGCAAGAAGGCAGUCCUGCGCGUGAUGAAUGCACAAGAUGCGUUGAUGGAAGAAAGCAACUCGAAGGGCGGGCUGAAACUCACCUGA